CACUCAAAUCUCCAAUCAAUCCUUCUUCUACUUUCUCGAUGGAGAUGGAUUCGCUUCCCAAUGGCUCUGCCACGUCACCGGGCCCAAGCCCAGUCCCGACCGCCGCGGCCGCUCCGUCAUCGAAGCUGAGCCACCUGUCGGAGUCCCUGAAGCUCGAGCACCAGUUCCUCAGAGUCCCCUUCGAGCACUACAAGAAGACGAUCCGAGCCAACCACCGCGUUGUCGAGAGGGAGAUGUCCGCCGUUAUUAACGGCGUCUCCGAAGCCGCCGACCGCGACGACAUGUCUUCUGACGACGCCGUUAAUCAUCUUAGUUCUCUUGUCUCCAGGUUGCAAGGGCUCAAACGAAAGUUGGAGGAAGGGAGUAGGACAGAGCACUUGCAGGCGCAGAGGUGCCGGGCUCGGCUUGACCAUUUAGAAUCGGCAGAUGUGGAGAGUUUGUCUGAUUGGAAUAACACACGCUUGAAUCGGAUCCUAGUGGACUACAUGUUGCGGAUGUCUUAUUAUGACACUGCAGCAAAACUGGCGGAAAGCAGAAAUAUUCAGGAUCUUGUUGAUAUUGAUGUAUUCCAAGAAGCAAAAAAGGUUAUAGAAGCUCUUCAGAAUAAGGAGGUAGGUCCUGCCCUAGCCUGGUGUGCCGAGAACAAGUCAAGGUUGAAGAAAUCCAAGAGUAAAUUCGAGUUUCAGCUGCGACUUCAAGAGUUUAUAGAGUUGGUUCGAGCUGAAAAUAACUUGCGAGCUAUCACAUAUGCUCAGAAAUACCUUGCACCAUGGGGAACUACUCAUAUGAAAGAAUUGCAGCGGGUCUUUGUAACAGUAGCUUAUAAGAGUACUACUGAAUGUGCUACAUACAAGGUGUUAUUUGAGCCAAAGCAAUGGGACUACCUGGUUGACCAAUUCAAACAGGAAUUUUGCAAGUUAUAUGGCAUGACUCUUGAGCCUUUGCUGAAUAUUUAUCUGCAAGCAGGCCUGUCUGCUCUGAAAACCCCAUACUGUUACGACGAUGAUUGCACCAAGGAGGAUCCACUAUCACAGGAGGGUUUCCGGAAACUAGCCCAGCCAUUACCUUAUUCUAAGCAGCAUCACUCGAAGCUUGUUUGCUACAUAACUAAGGAACUAAUGGACACAGAGAACCCACCACAAGUCUUGCCCAAUGGCUAUGUCUACAGCUCAAAGGCUCUUGAAGAAAUGGCCAGGAAGAAUGACGGAAAGAUUACUUGUCCAAGGACAGGUUUGGUCUGCAAUUACACAGAUCUGGUGAAGGCAUAUAUAUCAUAAAUUAAAUCUACAUAAGCCUGUUCAAUUAUUCAAGUUUAUUAUCAAUUCGUACUGGGCUUUGUAACUGUUAGAAUGUCCUGUGCGUACUGUACAUAAAUCUCUUACUGCUGGAUUUGGCACAAAUUCCGGUGUAAGAACUUGCCCUGGGAAAAUUAUGUUCAUUGCUCAACCUGGCAUUACCAUUGGGAACUUGAACAUGUAUAUAUGCAAAAUUACAUUUUACAGUUUAUUAUCAAGUUCUUGACCAAAAG